CGAAAAUAUAAUAAUUGAUUAUUGAUAUGUUUCCAAGAAAAAACCUGAAAUCGAGUACAGGGAUAAAUGAGAACACAAUGAAACUGAAAGAAAAAGAACACAUUUUGAUGCAGAAGAAGACAUUUGAUGUUUACUAUUUAGGAAAUAUAGAAAAAAUAGCUAUAGGAAAUUCACAGAAGAGAGACACAGAAGCUCAGCUUAUAGACAGAGUGGAGGAAGCUCAGAUAUCAGGUGACAUUCCCAUUACUGUAGGAGAAAAAGAUCAAGUUUUCUUUACCGUCUCUCGACAUGGAAUACAAGUCCAAAAUAAAAGGACCCAAGAGGUUCUACAGAGACACCCACUCCACACAGUGGCUGAGGUAGUCCAGUAUGAGGAUGGAUUUGGUCGCCCUAACAUUGCUUUAAAAAUUGGACAGCUACAGGUCAACAAGGAGGUGUUUCAGUGCUUUGUCUUCCAAUGCCACAGUGAGGAACUAGCCAGUGAUGUUUGCCAGUUGGUUCGCAGAAUAUUUGAUGCCAUAACAGACAAGUCUUGAAUCUUGAUGUCAAGUGAUGAACUGUAUACAGUAUUAGCCAUAAUACUCAAUACCUUUCAAUACCUUCCUCCAACCAAGGAGUGUAAAGUCCUAAGUAUUGGUCAGCAAGGACCAUCUGUAGCAGAAUAAUGGUGCUGGAUAAGUGAUGGAGACUAAGGCUGAAAGACAGUAGGCCUUGAUGUUUCAUAGUGCUUGCAGAAAUCUUGCAUAUUAAACUAAAUGAAGAAGAGAAGAGAUCUCUUCUUGUUGGAAAUUUUAUGGGAAAUAUUUUAACUUUCAAUUAAAAACUUUGCUUUUCAGCCAGUGUAUAAAGCUAUUGUAAAGCUAUGUAUCUCUCCUAAAUGUAUAAGAGACACUCUAACAAUUAUU